AUGCAUUUCUUGCUCCUCGGCGCUACUGGGCGCACCGGUCGACAUGUUGUAUCUGAAUUGCUCUCUAAGGGUUACACAGCGGUAGCGCUGGUGCGAAAUCCUGAUAGCCUCGCCCCUCGUGAAGGCCUCACCAUCGUCACUGGCUCGCCACUGUCGAAACCCGACAUCAAGAGGGCCCUCUCCGCAGCGCCCUCUCAGAAACCUUCUGCCGCGAUCUUCACACUAAACGCCGUCCGGAAGUCCGACAGCCCGUUCGCACCGCAGGUCUCACCUCCUCGCUUUCUAGCCGACACAUGCGCCAAUGCCUGCGAGGUCCUGGAGGAGGCCGGCAUUCGUCGCAUUGUAGUGAUGUCGACAGCAGGCGUCGGGAAUUCAUGGGCUACGCUGCCGUGGGUGUCCAAGGCAUUCAUGGGGUGGACCAACAUCAAGUACGCGCUCGAGGAUCACGGCAUCCUGGACAAGGAGAUCCGCCUGACGAAGAUGGAUUACACUCUUGUGAGGGCUUGCAGGCUGGAGUACGACGAUCUGAAGCAGGAGCAGGAGCUAGCCGACAAGAAGACUGAGGUGCGGACGCUGGGCAGCAGCGGCGCCGGCAUGCGCAUGACCGACAGCAUCAGUGUUUCUAGUGCGGCGAGGUUCCUGGUCAAGGUUGCUGUCGAAGGCCUCUAUGUCAAGAACGCAGUGGUUAUAACGGAUUGA